AUGGCGCCCGCACGCCAACCGCCCCAGCCGUUCGCAAAGGACGAAAAGGUUCUCUGCUUCCACGGCGAGAUGCUGUAUGAGGCCAAAAUUCUCGACAUCCAGACCGCUGAAUCUGGUGAAGGCUUCCAGUAUCGCAUCCAUUACAAGGGAUGGAAGAACACUUGGGACGACUGGGUUUCUAUCGACCGCAUUCGUAAAUUCACUGAGGAGAAUAAGGAGCUGGCCAGCCAGUUGCACGCCCAGAUGAAGGAUCUCCGCCAGAAGAGCAGUGCCAAGGCCCCAAAGAAGGGAGCUCGCGCCAACGGAACCGACUCAGCCCGCGGUAGUGAGGAGCGGACUGCGGGAGUUGCUGCCAGCGGUCGUGGCCCUCGACGGGCGAGAGAUUUUGAUCUGGAACAGGGGUGA